AUGUCAUUUCACAACAGCGCUUGUCAGCAUGCUGCUCCAACCUUUGUCAAUUUAAUGAAUGCUGGAAUUCUUAGGCAUGCUACACAUAAUAAGAAUAUGACCAUACAAACACGUAAUCAUCCACUACCAAUAACAGGAAGUCAACGCCUCCAACGUGAAGACCUAGAUGCAUUCUCUGUGGCUAUUGUUGUGAGUAUUGCCUUCUCUUUCACUCCUGCUUCGUUUGCUAUUGCUAUUAUGAAGACUAGGCUUAGAGCAAUGGUUGCAGGAGAUGAGUUCAGAAUAAGAAGAAGAAGAAACAAGGAUGCAACUAUAGUUAAGGUGUAA